UUCGACAGCUAAAAUAAGCGUAUAGGGUUACUUGACUAUAUCACUAUCUGUGACCCAAUUCUGUCGUUUAUCGGCUAGUUUAUCAUCGAACAGUGAACGUUGUUUCAAAUUGUCAGCUGAUCGCAUACAGUUACGUAUUGAUCACGGUCACGUGUAUUCUUUGUCUGCGUGUGUACUAAAGCGUGACCGUUGCGCCAUAACGGAACAUAACAAAGAAGACGCCAGCACGUGAGGUUCUCAGCAAUAACGUUGAACUAGACAACAGCUGAGGUGUACGGGCAAUAAAACCUGUCUUGCAUCAGCAUCCUGAGCUGCGGAUUCAGCGAAAAAAGUUUAAGUUGCACCAGUGCAAAGAUUAUAACGGACGUUCGUGCAUGCGACCAUUCAUACUGUUAUGCCGUUGAGGCUGCGAAGACCCAGUUCCCAAAUGAGUGUUAACCCGCCAGUGGUAAAGAAAGCCGCCAUGGAGGCAGAAGAAGACUUAGAACCGACCGAAUUCAGUCGGGCCUCCUCUGAAGUUUAUGAUUUUGAAGAUCCAAAGCAUCCCUUGGAAGUAUUAACGUGUUUUAACCAUCUUAGAGAAAAAGGAUUAUUCACGGAUGUUAUUCUAUCCGCUGGAAGCCGAGAGUUCCCCUGUCAUCGAGCUAUUUUGGUCGCAGGCAGCAAGUAUUUCCGCGCCAUGUUCUGCAACGACCAUCGUGAGUCGCGGGAAAUGUUGGUCCAGAUAAACGGUAUGCAGCCACAAAUAAUGGACCUGCUACUCGACUACCUCUACACAUCAAAAGCUGCCAUCAACGCUGACAACGUACAAUUGUUGUUGGAGGCAGCUAAUUUGUUUCAGAUCCUUCCUCUUGGAGAAGCUUGUACUCGUUUCCUGGAAGCUCAACUUGAUCCCUGUAACUGCAUCGGGAUGCGGGAGUUUGCGGAGGCUCAUGCUCUCUCUACUCUCUUCACCACCGCCUCCGAAAUGAUCAUGGAGAAAUUCGCCGACGUUGUCGUUCACGAAGAGUUCUUAGAGCUACCAAAGUCUCGAGUCAUUGAUUAUAUCAGCGAUGACGACAUCAAAGUGACGCGUGAGGAGAUUGUAUAUGAAGCGGUGAAACGUUGGGUGGGACAUGACGCUGUUACGAGAUCUGGGGAUUUUGCUGAGAUGUUAUCAUACGUUAGACUUCCUCUUAUUCAUCCAAGUUACUUCGUAAACACGAUCGAAUGCGAUGAACAGGUGUUUUCCAAUCCAGCAUGUCAAUCUAUUCUUCAGGAGACAAGGAAGUAUCACAUUUUAGGCAACGAGAUCAACAGUGAACGAACGCGGCCAAGACGUUCAACUGGUUGCAGCGCCGCUGUUGUGAUCGUGGGCGGGUGUGAUCGUGUGGGCGGUUACAACAUGCCUUAUGUUGAAGCGUUUGACCCAGUAACCGGGCAAUGGAACUCCCUUGCAAAGUUGCCAGCCUUUACCAAGUCCGAGUACGCUGUGGCCUCGUUCAAAAACAGCAUCAUAGUUAGCGGCGGAAGAAUUCACUCAAGGGACGUGUGGCUAUAUCAGUCUCAUCUGGACAACUGGGUAAAGAUUGCACCGCUGUGUAAAGGCAGAUGGCGACAUCGUAUGCUUACUAUGGGCGGUCAUGUGUAUUGCGUUGGAGGUUAUGAUGGGAAGAACAGACUUCGUAGUGUUGAGAGAUACGACAGCUUUUCCAAUACAUGGGUGGAAGUGGCACCGCUUCUACACUCCGUUAGUUCAUGUGGAUUGGCGACUUGCCAUGGGAAGUUAUACGUGGUCGGGGGAGGCGACGAAGAAAACUGCUUUAAUAAGUUGCACUGCUACAACCCGGAAUCAGAUCAAUGGAUCUUGAGGUCACCGAUGCCAUCCAUGCAGAAAACAUUAUCUUGCGCGACAAUUAACGGGAAGAUCUACAUUAUCGCUGGCAGCGAAAAGAACAUCUACAGCUAUGACCCGCUUACUGAUAACUGGGACACGAGACAAAUUACUGAGGAUAAACUUGAAAGCUGUGGGAUGACCGUGUGUGGGGGCAAACUGUACAUCACCGGUGGCCGAGGUGACGGCGUCGAGGCAUCGGAUCAAGUUUACGGAUAUGACGUCAGGUCAGGUGAUAUGUGUCACGUGUCAAGCAUGCCGAGACCAUCAUGCUUUCACGGGUGCGUGACGAUUCACAGGUUUGGCCCCCUUGGAGAAAAAUCCCAGAACUCGGGGAAGUGAAAAGUUUUAUCAGCAAUGUAGUCCAGCAUAGCGUGCCGUAUGUCCGUAUUUUGCACUUGUGUCUUGCCUUUUCGUUUGUUGCUAAUGGUUGCUGGGUGCACAGACCAAACCAGUAACAUCAUUAUCAAGCUAAUAAUAUAACUACUGUGGGGGAAGAUAGGACACCUUUAGCAUAGAAAAUCCAAACAUCCUGAUCGUGUUUUAAACAAUUAACAACGGUCUAUUUGAGUCAUGAAGAUAUGAUUUCAUAAUUCUUUAAAUUUUGUUUGUUUACUACCAAAUGGGACGAGAAAUAGAACAAAAAUGUGUCCUGUCUUCCUCCACCCUACUAUACUAUGUUUUGUUGGCUGAGCUUCUGUUCAGGUUGAAAUUAAUUUCAUGGUUUUCGUUCUAUUCUAUAUGCGCGCCCUUUGUCUCGCAUCCUGGGAUUUAUGUUGAAAUUUACUAAUUAGCGUUUGUGUCAUAUGCAGUAACGAUCGUAAAUUUUAUACAUUGCCAAACAAAUUUCGUUGCGGCUAUUCAUUUUUAUUUUUAACUGGAAUGUCUGCGCAUUUUUGCCUAUGUUAAUUUGAACGGCAUAAUAACUAUAUAGUCACUUUUAUUAAUUAAAAUCCUUUAGAAGACUGUCAAAUAUAGGAUCAUUUACCGGCGCUAUUUUUUUAAUAAAGACUAUAUAGUACACUUGUUUCUAUACGUACUUGUUACUGGUUUAAACUUCGCUUUAUUUAUUAGCAAAUUUGUGCAUGUCAAUAUUUUUUUCUAUAAUUGUUAAUAAACUUACUCAAACUA